AUGAGAUCUUCUUCUUUUGCAGAAUCUCCGCCCCCUCCUUAUUCUCGGCUGUCUCCGAACGACGAACAAAAGCCGCUGGAUCUUUCCGACUCCACGUUGUCCUACACUGAAACGGAGGCUACAAACUCCCCCUGCGUCACACCCGGAGAAUUCUCAGACGCCAGCCUAUCGCCGGACACGACUCACAGGAGCCACUGGUGCAGCGUCGCCUACUGGGAGCACCGGACCCGCGUGGGGCGCCUCUAUCCCGUGUACGAACAAUCUGUCAGUAUCUUUUAUGACCUACCUCAAGGGAACGGCUUCUGCCUGGGACAGCUGAACCUGGAUCACAGGAGCGAGACUGUCCGGCGGACUCGAAGCAAGAUCGGCUACGGGAUCUUGCUCAGCAAAGAACCGGACGGCGUGUGGGCGUACAACCGCAGCGAGCACCCGAUCUUCGUCAACUCCCCGACGCUGGACAUUCCCAACUGUCGGACCCUGAUGGUGCGCAAGGUGCUGCCGGGUUACUCGAUCAAGGUCUUUGACUACGAGAAGUCUUGCCUCUUGCAGCACACCACUGACUUGGAAUACCCAGACGGGCCUUACGACCCGAACAGCGUCCGGAUUAGUUUUGCCAAAGGCUGGGGGCCGAACUACUCGAGACAGUUCAUCACUUCUUGCCCGUGUUGGCUGGAGGUUUUGCUCCGCAACAACAGAUAGCCGUCGGCCUUUGAGGAGGGGAGCGGCCACACCCAAUAUGAGACAGUCCCCAAAUAUCAUCUACCUAGAUUUAAUAUAAAAGUUUUAUAUAUAUUAUAUGAAAAAUAUAUAUAUAUUAUACUUGUAAUUAUGGAGUCAUUUUUACAAUGUAAUUAUUUAUGUACGGUGCAAUGUGUAUAUGGACAAAAAAAGAGAAAUGCACUUUGGCUUAUAAGUCUUUCAAUACAGAUCUUCUCUUUUUUUCCCUAAAGGAGGGGGAGAAAGUUAUACAGCAAAAGAAAUUGGAAUAGCGCCAUGCUAUGGCUGUAUAGUUUCGUUU